GGUUUUGUAAAAUAUUUAAGAAAACUAUAAAGAAUGGAAAGUGAAACAAACGAAUCUCCAACUACUUCAAAAAGGAUUCUACAAUUAUGGUCAGAUGGAGAUACUUGUCUGCUGUUGGAUUUAUAUGCGAAUUAUUUACCGGAAAUUGGACCACUUAAAAAAUUCAAAUCAAAAAAAGAUAUGUGGUCCAAAAUUUCCACAGAAAUUCCUGACAAAAGUGCUAAACAAUGUGAGGAAAGAUAUAAAACAGUGUUGAGGAGAAAAAAUCUGCGAAAAAUUAUAGAAUUUGAAGCGGAAUUGACUAAAAUUUGUAAACUUGAUGACUCUAUUGAACCUGAAGUACAAAUGAGCAGCCAACAAAUCCUCAAAAAGGAAAAAAUAAAUAAAGUGUCUAAAGGAAGUGAUAAAAAAAGGUCAGUACAUCAGAUAUUGGAGGAAAUUGCAGCUAAAAGAGAGGAAGCGAGAGAAAAGCGACACAAAGAAAAGAUGGAAGCUAUAGAAAAAACGCAAAGCCUUUUGCAAACAAUUUUACAAGAAAAAAAUUUGAUAUAAAAUAUCAAGACGAUUCUAAAAAAACAAAAUUCUAUAAACAACUUUUUUUUGACAACACAGACAACCAACAAAUACCAGCCUCAAUUGUUCCAACAAUUAAUGCAAAUUUGUUAAAUAAACCCGUUAAGGAAGGUUACAAAGUUCCAGUUUUUUUAUGACCUGAAGUAAAUUAUUUUUUUUAGAAAUUUCGAAAUAAGUGAAUUCAAAAGGUAUAGUAACUCCCCUUUGACGGUUUUGUUAAUCCAAUUGAAUGGCCUAAUCUAAUAAGAUCAUACGCCACAAACAAAUUAUUUUGAAAUAACUGAGUUUAAAGAACCGAAAAGUUAUAAAAAAAUCAAUUUCUGAAUUCGGGUGGCUUAUGAUGUUUUUACGACAAGCCCUUCAAUUGUCAUUUAGAAUUGGAACCAUUCAGACUGGUUUUAACGGUUUUAGUAGCUGUUGUUUUUGUCUAUAGUAUACACUAUAAUAUUUUGAUACUACUAUUUUUAUCUUUAAAGAUAACAAAUAAAAACUUU